AGUUAAGAAAGGAGUUAAGAAAGGAGAAAAAUGCAGAAAAUGGCUCGAAUGAAAUGAAGACGGAUUUCGUGAAGAUGUACAGUUAUGCAGAGUUGGGGGAGAAGUUGAGGAAGUUGAGGCCGGAUGGGAAGGGGCAAAACUGGUUUUCAUUGCGGGAGUUAAAUAAGAGGCUGAUGAAGUUGAGGGAGAUGGAAGAGAAGGAGACUCAGGCCGCCAUUGGCAACGUUACAUUCCAGGAUUUACGAGAAAGCUUGUUGAAGUUGCAAAGGUCGGACCAGGAAAAGGCAAAGAAAUCAUCGACAGUCCAGAGAAUUGAUAUCUUGUCACAUAUAGGUCGAACUCCAAACUUUAUGCUGCAACCUCCAAAGGAAAAUUUGGUCGAAAAGUAUUUCUAUCCAGAUAACAUGUCUUCUGCAGAAAAACUGAAGCUUGAGCUUGCCAAAGUUAGAGAUGAGUUUAAAAUGUCAGAGUCGGAUUGUGUUUCUGCUCAAGUUCAAGUGGCACAACUGACGACAAAAAUCAAGCAUCUAUCUUCAGUUUUACACAAAAAGGACAAGCAUUCUCUAAAGGGUCUUCAAGCGAUGGUGCAGCAGAGGAAGAGGUUAUUUAAGUAUCUUCGAAGAACUGACUGGGAUUCUUACUGCCUCGUUCUCUCUAAACUUGGUCUCCGAGACAAGCCAGAGUUUCUUUCUAAACUGGGUCUCCGGUACAAGGAAAAUCACAAGAAUUAGACCAGUCGGCACUCUCUCUGUUUCCUCAGCAUUUUGAUUCGUGCCUGGUCAACUAUUAUUUUUUCCAGUUGUGUAGGGAAUAAAAGUGAAAUUGAAGGUCCAUACUAGUCUCAGUUUUAGGGUUUCCCUCAUUGUGAAUAAGUAGCUCAUGCAUUUUCCAUUAGACAUGACAGUUAUAUUCAAGUAAUACAGUGUUUAACUGACGCAAGCAUUGCUGCUUUCUGUUCCGAUGGAUUGUCUUCGUAAAGAGUUGCUGUAAAUUUAUCUACCUCAGCUUUUUGCAGUUCUUCACCGCUGCCUGCCAAGUUCAAUAUCUGUAGGCUGGGACAUCUUUUUCCGAUCAUAGCCAACGCCUCAUCAUCGAUUCCGGAAUACAUCCAACUCAAUACCUUCAACUUGGGAAGUUCAAACUCAAGGAGUAAACAAAGGUUCUUCCUCACUCUACCAUCUAUCAUCAAUUCCCUAAUCUCAGAGCAUCUCUUCAGUACUUGUACAAUGCCGCCUUCUGUAACUCCCUUACAGCCGCAAAUCGAGCACUUCCAAAUUGGGGAAAGUAGAUGCAAGACUUGUCAAAAAGGCAUUGUCUAUUGAGCUAUCUUGAGCCAAGUUCAGUGAUUGUUUGCCGUACAAUCGGUUUCAAUGUUUUCGUCCCCAAUAUUUUUACCUGCCAUUUCCAUUGUAUCUAAAACCACACAGCUUGUUUACGAGGAUGUAGAAGGUGAUAUCGGUCACGUUAUUGUUCCUGCCAUUGCCAUGUCAUUGUCUCUAAGAAAAUGUGCUUUGCAUCUCUGAUCUACCAUCUUAAUUGGAUUCGGUACGCGUUAUGUUGUAUGGUUGGUUGUAAGUGAGUGGUCUUAAGUUUGAUUCUCGACAAAGACGAAUUUGAAAUACAUUAUUGCUAGUCUAUUAUGAGGUUAA